AUGUCGUCAUUCUACCCCAACGGUAUGUUCAACACUUUCGUCGCUCAUCAGAUAGCAGCGCCGCUUCAACAGGGCUACGGAGCGACACCGCCAAUAUAUCCACCUCAACCCCCAGUACCAGGAACAAUGAUACCUCCUUGCCCUCCGCCGGUACAAAGGGCGCCGGGAGUGAUGGAUGUGCCGGGACACACAGCCGUCAUUGCUAAGGGACCAAGUGCCCCGACAGCACCAGUAGGGUAUUCUUCAAGUGUUGUACCUGGUCUGAUGGACACACUUAUGAUGCCUGCUACGGUGUCACUUCCUGCUCAGGAACCAGAUCCGCCACCUAUGGUCAAUGUUGUCUAUGUGGGUGGGCUUCAUUCGGGAACAUCCAGCGAUUUUGUCAUCAACAUCAUGCAAAAAUGCGGAAAGUUAAUCAAUUUUAAACGACAUGCGGACCCCUCCAGUGGUUUGCUGGCGAAUUUUGCAUUAUGUGAAUUCGAAUCGCCAAAAGGCGCAUAUUAUGCAUUGGAAUGCCUGGCAAAUUUGACUUUUGGAGAUGGGCAGAUAAAGGUCAGCUGCAACGACAAAGUGCGUGGAUUGGUAGAUGGAUGGGUAUCAGAACAGCUGGAAGCAUUACGAGAGGAAAACCCGAACAUGAACGAUGACCAAUUGCGUGAAAUUUUUAAGGCGCCAGAGGCUGAAUUACGCCACGAAUUUGAAAACCUUAUCAAAUACGAAGUGAUGGAAAUGCAGGGACGCGGUAUGUACGGUGGUCAACAGGGAGCCAACGUCAAGGGUGUUACGCUACAGCCAUCACGAAAACCACACACACCGCGUAAUGAAACAAGCGCGAUCGUAAGAACUGCUGAUUCGGUUAACGACCUAUCACAACUUACUUCCAGAGAAUACACAAUCCACCCAAAAGAAUCUGCAAGGCGUAGCAAAUUUAAGGCCAGGCAACGGGCUAACGAUGAUCUGAUGAAAAGUGAAGAACGUGCAUGGGAAAGCGAGGAGGAAUCGAUGAUACGCAAACUUCACCGCAUAGGCACAGUAAAACGUAGUACACGUGAACGUCUGGUGAAGGAAGAUCUGGACGGCUUUGCGCGAUCUGCAGGUAGCCGUGAGCGCGAGAAAGAACGUGAACUUGACCUCGAAGAUGCACAAGCUGAAGCUUUAGAGCUAUCUACAUCUGAGGCACGCUGCACGAUCCCACUCGCAACUCCGGCAGUACCUCAGGUCCCAGCUGAAGCUAAUAGGCGUGCUCUUCCAACAAUUUUCGGAACAGCUGUGGAAGAGGAUGAACCUAUGUUCAACCGCAGCCACCGACCUAAAAUCAAACUGGGAAUCCCAGACUCAGAGGUCUGGGAUCGCGUGCCAAAAAGUGAAUCGGAAGUGUUUGGAUUUGAUUUGGAUUGGGGCCUGGUUUUGUCUGACGGAAGUCUAAUUCCGUCGCUAGAACCGUGGAUGCGUCGUUGUGUACUUGAGUACAUGGGCGAUGACGAAUCAGUAGCAGGGGAAGUACUUGAGUUUUUGGUGGGUAGGCUAAUGGAACGCCCAAACCAUGAGGAACUACUUUCUGACGUUGAACAGUUUUUGGAUGAAGAUAGUCGUGGAUUCAUUUUAGAGCUAUGGCGCCACUUGAUCUUUCACCAUUUGAGGUUGAGUGCGCUUUCGUCUGACUGA